AUGGCGCGAAGGCAGAACCACCGGUCGGAGCUGCCGGAUGCGGACCUCCGUCUGGCGGCCGCGGAGAAAGAACCGUCGUUUGGGGCUCCGAUGCGGGCAUCCGGCACCGGCACGGAAAGUCAGUCGGCGUCGCGAAGAGGGAAGGAGACGCCGCGGGAAGCGACGGAGAGUGCGCGUGCCACUUUGCUCGCAGAGUUGCUGGCGCGGGCGUUGUUUCCUACAGCAGCCCACACUAUUUUUGAGGAUGCUACUCCUGAACUGGUUAGAGAUUUCUUCUGCGAUGGUGAUUUUCGUCUAAACUGGGAUCCCAUGCUUGCACACUCGAAAACUUUGGAUGAGAUCCCUCAGAAUGGAGCAACAGUACGUUCCACUGGAUAA